AUGGCUUCGGGAGGGCGAUUCUGUACGAACGCGCUUCGCGCGGGUAGUAGUCGCGUCGCCGCGCCCGCGGCGGCAGCGGUCUCGAGACGAUGCUUCGCUGCUGCUACGUCGGCGGCCCCGAUUUCAUUCAGACUCGGGACCUCUGCGAUCCGAGCGACUACGACAACGAGGAAGGCUGCUCCAUAUCGAUGGAGGGCCGCGACCGCUGCGGCGCCGAGGUGCUUCUCGUCGGCGUCGGACGACUACCACGAGAUGGCGGCGAAUGGGAGCAAGCUCUGGAACUACGAGCAGAUGGCCGAGUUGGCGAAGAACCCCAAGGGCGUCAUUAUCAUCGACUCCCGCGAACCAGGCGAGCUUGAGCAGACGGGCCGCAUCCCCUCGGCCGUGAACAUCCCCGUUGCGACGGCGCCUGAGAGCUUCCACAUUUCCGAGGACGACUUUGAGGACCGGUACGGAUUCCCACGGCCCGCCAAGGAUACGGAACUCGUCUUCUACUGCAAGGCCGGCGUGCGGAGCCGCGCGGCGGCGACGUUGGCCAAGGAGGCAGGAUGGACCAGGGUCGGCGAGUACCCCGGAAGCUUCCUGGAUUGGCAGAAGCACGGCGGCGAGGUCGAGACAGGUGGCAGGGGGCCCGGACAAGAGUGA